GGUUUUUCUUUUCAUUUGUUUAUUUUUUAAUCUUUGAUUUUUUUUUUUUUUUUUUUGGGUAGAGUAUAUAUAUUAAUGGCAGAAAACAGACUUUCAUGGCCAUCACAAAUGCUAGGUUUUUUGGGUGAUAAUUUUUUGUCCCUGACUCAUCUUUCAUCAAAUCUUUAAGCAACCCAGCUGAAGAAAUCAAACACCUUGUUCAAAUUUCAAAGAUUUUUUUCUCAGCCUAUAAAUUAAGACCAAUUCCAUGCAUUUGUAGCUGCUGGGUUUUUUCUUGGUUGACAUAUCCUCUCUCUCUAUCUCCUCUUUCUGUCUCCUCAUCUUGAUCCACCCCUCUGGAAUCCCAUUUCCAAAGAGAUGUUUGGGACUCAGAGCAAGAGAGACCUGCCCCUGGAAUUCCAAUCCCAGAUACCAAUCUUGAGGCCCAGCAUCCAUGCCAGGAGGGCAAAUCUGACUGUAAAAUUCCAGGACCUUUAUGGGUUUACAGUGGAAGGGAAUGUGGAUGAUGUGAAUGUGUUGAAUGAGGUGAGAGAGAAGGUGAGGCAGCAGGGGAGGGAAUGGUGGUCAUUGGAGGCAAACAAAGGUGCAAAUUGGUACUUGCAGACUUCUAUUUCUGAAGGGAAUUUGAAAUCCUCCUUAAAGUUUUCAGCUUUGGGAAAUUCGAUCACUUUGAAGCGGCUGAUUAGGAAGGGGAUUCCACCGGUGCUCCGCCCCAAGGUGUGGUUUUCGCUGUCCGGGGCCGCCAAGAAGAAGUCCACCGUGCCGGAGAGCUAUUACGAUGACUUGAUCAAGGCCACUGAGGGCAAGGUCACCCCUGCCACCAGGCAGAUUGAUCAUGACCUCCCCCGGACCUUCCCUGGUCAUCCAUGGUUGGACACCCCAGAGGGUCAUGCUGCUCUCCGACGUGUCCUUGUUGGGUAUUCCUUCCGUGAUUCUGAUGUUGGAUACUGUCAGGGCUUAAAUUAUGUUGCAGCAUUGUUACUGCUUGUGAUGAAAACAGAGGAAGAUGCAUUUUGGAUGCUUGCAGUCCUCUUGGAAAAUGUGUUAGUUAAUGACUGCUAUACAAAUAAUUUAUCAGGAUGCCAUGUUGAACAAAGAGUUGUCAAGGAGUUCUUGGAUAAAAAGUGCCCGAGGAUAGCAGCACAUUUGGAAGCAAUGGAGUUUGAUGUCUCCCUUGUGGCCACCGAGUGGUUUCUAUGCCUCUUUUCUAAGAGCUUGCCUUCUGAGACUACUCUAAGGGUAUGGGAUGUCCUUUUCUACGAGGGGGCUAAAGUUCUAUUUCACGUUGCUUUAGCAAUCUUUAAGAUGAAGGAAGAUCAGCUGCUUAUAACCCAUCAUGUUGGAGAUGUAAUCAGUAUUCUACAGAGAACCACCCAUCACCUAUUUGAUCCUGAUGAACUAUUGACGGUGGCAUUUGAUAAGAUAGGUUCAAUGACAACCAACACGAUAUCAAAGCAAAGGAAAAAGCAAGAACCAGCGGUGAUGAAAGAGCUCGAUCAGAGAAUAAGACGCCUAAAUUCCCUAAAACUGGACGAGAAAUAGCAUUUGCAGCAUCGAGCUGAUCAAGCUGCAAAAAUGUCAGGCACCCUAUUGGGGGCAUUGUUCCCCUCGGGAGGAAAGAACCUGAAGUUGUCUCUCUCCUGCGUUUCUGUAUGAAAGAAACAACCAAGUAAAAGAGAGUACCUGUUGUGUAUUAGCAUGUUGUAGUUGGAGGUGAUCAAAUGUAAAUUUUCAACUGUUACCGUAUAUGUGAUUAGAUACGCUGCAAAUUCGGGCAUUGCCGCAUUUUUAUGCCCUGUAAUUUUUGCUUCGAUGCUGUUGUGCCUAUAACUGUCACUCAAUGAAUUUCAAUUUGUUCUACAAA